AGCCUUCCUGGGAAGAUGCAGCAACUCCUGCUCCUGGUGGCCUUUCUCCUACCCGCAGGGGCUGGGGCAGGGGAGGUCAUCAGAGGCCAAGAGGCCCUCCCUCAUUCCCACCCCUACAUGGCAUAUCUUCUGACUCGGACACCAAGGGGCCUGAGCACCUGUGGGGGAUUCCUGGUGCGAGAAGACUUUGUGAUGACAUCAGCCCGAUGCUGGGGAAGCCGUAUGCGCGUCAUCUUGGGGGCCCACAACAUCAGGAGGCAGGAAAGGACCCAGCAGAGUAUUUUGGUGCUCAGAGCCAUCCGCCACCCUAGAUAUAAUCAGCAGAACCAACUGAAUGACCUCAUGUUACUGCAGCUGGAAAAUAGAGCUAAACGGAACCGAUUUGUGAGGCCAGUGGCUCUGCCUCAGUCCCAAAUCAGACUGAGUCCUGGGUCUUUGUGCACCGUGGCUGGCUGGGGCCUGGUCAGCCAGCAGAGGGGAACAGACACACUUCGGAAUGUGCAGCUGAGUGUGCAGAGGGAUCAGGAGUGCAGCAAUUACUUUGAUACCUUCAACGGCCAAAGGCAGAUUUGUGUAGGAGACCAGAUCGAGGGGAAGACCACCUUCCUGCGGGACACUGGAGGCCCCCUUGUGUGUAACAAUGUUGCCCAGGGCAUUGUCUCCUAUGGAAGAAAUUUCGGGGUUCCUCCAGCAGUCUUCACCAGGAUUGCUCAUUUCCUACCCUGGAUAAAUAGAACAAUGAACCAACUUUACCAAAAGGGAGCACACUGAGACCUCUCUUCCCCCUGUAAUUGACUUCUCUGGGAUGGAAGCCAGCUCCAGUAGGGUUGCCAGAGCCUUAAUAAAUGGUCAUGUCUACA